GUGCACUCUCACUCUUAACAGUUUCAUAGUGGUUCCAUUCACAUCGUUAGCAAAUUGCGUGAGACGUGAUACGUAUACUUAUUUUCUUUCUCUAGUUAGUGCUGUUUGGAUAUUUGAACACCAUACAACAUGCAAGUUUAUAAAACAUGGAUAACUCUUCUAGUAUUUGGAACGGCCAUCCUAUGCCAAAUAGAAGCAAGACGGGUUCGUGUUCAACCGGUGGAAGAUGAACAAGAAGACGAGUCGAUUCAGUACUACGCAGCUGAACCGCAAGAGGAUCAACGUCAGGUGGUUCUAGUUUCUUCCGCCGACCAAUACAACGGCUUGUACGGACAACCUACGGCCUCUCCGAGAGUAGCGCAAGACAACUACAUCCCCCGAGGACACGCCAAAUCACACGCUGUCAAAACGAAGGAGGCUGUGAAGGCCCCGCCGGUGCAAACCAUCAGGAACUACAACAAGGUGAACGACGACGGAUCCUUCACCUUCGGCUACGAAGCUGCGGACGGCAGCUUCAAAGAGGAAACCAGAGGGACCGACUGCGUGGUGAGAGGUAAAUACGGCUACGUCGACCCGGAUGGCAACAAAAGGGAGUUCACCUACGUAUCCGGAAACCCGUGCGACCCUAACGCUCCCAAGGACCAAGAUGAUCAAGCGGAACCGGAAAGCGCGGAGCAGGAUAGCGGGCCAGCCAACUACCCAACCAGGCCCGUGCAAAGGAUUAGGCCUUUGUCCAUUCAAACCCCAGCGCCCAAACCUGCGCAGACCCUGUUCCAGAACACCUACGCCCAAGAGGAUGAGCAACCCGAGCCAGAACAACUUCUAAGACCACAGCAUAUUCGCCGCCCAUCCUACAUCACCCGCCCACAGUAUCUCGAUCAAUCCACCGCUGCAGAGCAAGAAGAAGUUCAGCAGUACCACCGCCCAACAGUCUCAUCCACAACCCCAGCUUCGGUGAUCUACAGGCACAGCACGCCACUGACCAUCACCCCCAGGCCAGUUUCGGCCUCCACCACUGCCAGAUCUCAACUCCCAGCCACCACUUACAGGCCACAUUUACUGCAAGUUGCUGUCACCCCAAGACCGUCUUCAUUGUUGUACACCAAGCAGCUGUCAUCCCCUUCAUCCACCAUCGCGCCAAGCAGAGGAAGCGGCAACAUCGAUUUCGACGCCGAAUUCCAGAGAUUCCAAGACAACAGCAACCACAUCGCAUCGUCCACCCCCAGCUCUAAACUAUCAUCGAAGCAACCGGCAGCGAAACAACCAGGAGGCAACGUGUACUCAUCAGCGUUGGUGUACGACCCGAGCUCGGGCCAAUACAACACCCAACUGUACCAGACCCUGCCGCAAACGGAAGGCGACUUCACGCUAAACCAAAGAAUCCAGCCGUACGUCCACCAACCCAACAGACAAGUGGUCAACAUACAGCAGCUUCAGCAGCAGAGCCCGCUGUAUUCGCAGAACCUCCGCCCGCAGCCCACCCCAUCCCAGCUGCAAAGCGCCUUGUACCAACCGACCCCGGCCCCGUCAAGGCAGACACCGCAAGCCGCGUACCAACAGCAACAGUCCGAGAUACAGUACCAGAACUCGGCGCAGCUGUACGCGCAGCAGACAAGGGCCAGAGGUCAGCCGCAAAGACCAGCCCCUGUUACUCAGGAACAGCCCCAACAGCCCGUCUACUACAUCAGCCAGCCUCAGCUGGACGGGCUCGCGUCUAGUCAGAUAGAUGCCUUCUUGAGAGGACACAACAUCCAGUUCUAAUACACCUAAUAAUCAAAGACAAUUCGUUAAACGAAUGAGUGACCUCUGUUGGUGAAAGUGCUGUGUGCUCGAUAUCAUGAAAAUACGGUCACGCCUUCUUACGUAACAAUGGCACAUAACGAAUGUACGAAUAUUAAAAUCACAAGGUGGUUCUUUUCACUUUUCUUUUCACGAAUCUGUUCGAUUUCGUCACAAGUCAUUGUCAUUCUUCUCAAGGACGUUGUGUGUCCACUUUGGCGACCUUGCCAUAUGCCUGCUACUGCACUUAUUUAUAAACAAAAAUGUUUUUGUAUUUUUCUACAUUUAUAAAUUAUUUUUACUGUGAGAAUAUUAGAAAUGUGUUGACUGCUUUCGUUUAUUAUUGUAAAUAAGUUCUUCGUAACAUUGUGAAGUAAUAUUUAAUGUCUACAUUAUGUCUUAUUUUAUAAGUAACUUUAUAUACAA